CCACCUCCAACAGGUAACCACCUCCAACAGACUCCUCUCCACCUGGCCGUGAUCACCCGCCAGGUGAAGGCGUUGGAGGCGCUGCUGAGGGCGGGGGCCGACCCCAGCCUGCUGGACAAAGAUGGCCGCAGCCCGCUGCACCUGGCGGCGCUGGCCGGAGACACCUCCUCCCUCCGCCCCCUGCUGGCUCACCUGGGAGAACGCCACGCACACCUGGUCAACACGCCAGACUACCACGGUAUGCACCCGCUCCACCUGGCCGUGCGGCGAGAUGGCGAGCGCUGCCUGCGCCUCCUGGUGGAGGGAGGAGCUAAGAUCAACGCCAACGAGCAGAAGAGCGGGAACACAGCGCUACACCUGGCCGUGAGGGAAAACCUCUUCAAGGUGGCCUGCACACUCAUCACAGAGCUGAAGGCAGACGUUAACGCUUGCACGUUUGGAGGAAACACACCUCUGCACCUGGCCGCCAGUCUGGGCUCGCCAACGCUCUGCUCCAUGCUCAUCGCUGCAGGCGCCGAUAAAAACGUGGAGAACGACGAGCCGCUCUUCUUCAGCUCGUCUUCAGACGAAGAGCAAGACGAGGACGAACCAAUCGGAGAGCGAGAGGCCGCCUCGCAGCCAAUCAACCCUCGCAAGAGACCCGCGGGAGGACACACCCCUCUGGACCUCGCCAAGUGCCAAAAGGUGAAGGAUCUGUUGAACUCCAGACAGACUCGUUCCGGCAGUAAGAAGAUAAAACCCAGCAGCAGUGAAGAGGCCUCUGAGGCCUCGGGGCUGGACGAGGACACCUUGUCCCGGCUGGUGGAGGUGCUGAGCGUGGGGGACGUCCCGUGGAGGAAGCUGGCCGAGAAGCUGGGCAUGAUGACGCUGACUCACCUUUACCUGGACAGUCCCACGCCCUGCCACCACCUGCUGCAGCACUACCAGCUGGGUGGAGGUCCAGUUGAAGGUCUGGUUGAAGCUCUUCAGUCUCUCGGUCUGACUGAAGGAGUCCGUCUGCUGAGAAACAGCGAGCUCCGAGACGACAAACACAGCACAGACGCCACGGUGGACAGCGGCUUCGGCAGCCAGCCAAUGGAAGAAGAGGAGCCGCCGGUGGCCAAUCAGUGACAAGCAGGAAGAAAAAAAACAACAAUCUGGAGCGGCUUCAGAAAUGCCAUGUCAUGCUGCAGAUAGCAUGACUCAGCAGAACUGGACUUGAACUGGCAGACGGUCGGACUCUGCUGUUUGUUUACGUUCCACAAGGGCACAAAGAUUGUAAACAGGAAGUCAGAGGUUUGGGUUGGUUACGCAGCGCUGCAAAGAUGAAUAUUGCUUACUUGUCGACUUUAAUUCAUCUCAACUAUUUUAAUAAUCCAUUAAUCCGUUUUAGUCAUUUUUUAUGAACAGUAAAAUCUUUAUAGUUUUAAUGAAUGAAUUCGAAUUUAAAGGGUAACUUUUCUACCCACCAGACUCCAUGUAAAUAAUCUGUGAUUUUAUCCUCGUAAAACACGCUUCAUUCAAAGUGGACAGAAACUAAAUAAAACUACCAAAAGCC